AUGGGUAAAUUAUUUAAAGUAUUAGUUUGGGGUAAGAGUGCUGUUGGCAAAACAUCAUUAAUUGAACAAUUGGCUUAUGGACGUAUAGAAGACAAAUCCUAUCGAGAAACAAUUGAAGAUACAUAUUGUAUACAAUAUGAUAAUAGUUUAAAUGAGAAAGAUAUUGUACUUCGUGUACAUGAUAUUGGUGGUGUGAAAAAUUCUCCUGGUGAAGAGUUCUCAAAUAUACGCCAUUUAAUGACUCUUGUCGAUGCUGUUAUUCUUGUAUUUGAUAAUCGUUCAAAUGAAUCUUUUGAAUGUUGUAAAGCUAUUAAAGAUAUAAUUGAAGCUAAAAUGACAGAUAAAAAUAAAAAAGAAAUUUUACCAAUACUUGUAUUAUGUAAUGAAAUUGUAUCAGAUGAACGUCGAUCAAAUUUUACUCAAACUGAUGGAGAACAAUGGACAGCUAAAGAUAAAUGUUUUGUGGGUAAUCGAGUAUGGUUUGUUAAUCUUCAUGAUCGUACACGUACGGUUGAAGCAUUCACUGCUCUUAUGAAAGAAUUAUAUAAACCACAAACAGCAAUCAAAGAAGCUGCUGAACGUAAUAUAUUACCUCGUCUAGGCAUAAGCGAUACUAUGACGAGUAAUACAACAACAAAUCCAUCGAUCGAGUCACAAUUAGAUUGUGCACUCGAUUUAAUGCGACGUCUACCACCACAACAAGUGGAAAAAAAUCUUUCGGAUCUUAUUGAUCUUGUACCCGAUUUAACUGAAGAACUUCUAGCUGCUGUUGAUCAACCACUUAAAGUUGUUCGUGAUCGAACUGUCGGAAAAGAUUAUCUAUUAUGUGAUUAUAAUCGUGAUGGCGAUUCAUAUCGAUCACCAUGGACAAAUACUUAUGCACCACCAUUUGAUGGAAAUCUUCCAUCGGAUCGUCUUCGUCAGUUGGAAAUUGAAGCUAAUCAAGCUUUUGAACAAUAUCGUGAAAUGUAUUUUGAAGGUGGUGUUUCAUCGGUUUAUUUUUGGGAUCUGGAAAAUGGUUUUGCUGGUGUUAUACUUAUAAAAAAAGUUGGUGAUGGUAGUAAAAAAAUCAAAGGUUGUUGGGAUUCAAUACAUGUUGUUGAAGUACAAGAAAAGCAAAGUGGUCGUUCAGCACAUUAUAAAUUAACAUCAACAGUAAUGCUUUGGUUACAAACACAUAAAACAAUGUCAGGCAUGAUGAAUUUAGGUGGAAGUUUAACACGACAACUUGAAUCUGAUCAUCAAAUAACAGAUUUUUCACAACAUAUUAUUAAUAUUGGUAAAAUGGUUGAAGAAAUGGAAAAUAAAAUUCGACAAACACUUAAUUCAAUUUAUUUUGGAAAAACAAAAGAUAUAUUAAAUAGUUUACGUAAUUCGGAAAAUUAUCAAGGUCGUAUUCGUUUACAACAAGCUAAUUUUACAGGUGAAUUGCAAUCAGCACUUAAUCGCACACGACCAGUUGAAUAA